UAUGUCAUCGCAUUUCCUUUGUACACCCACCGAUUUCUAUCUCUUCACUUGCAUAAACUCUGAGGAAAAAGAAGAAAAAUAGAGCAAGAGGAAGAUUUUUUUUUCAAGAAAUUUUCUAUUUCAAUAUUAAAGCUUUCCAACGAUCUUGCCGUCUUUUUAUUUUAUUACGCUGUCAAAGUAGUGGAGUGGGGGGAUCAUCGAAGAAGCUACUUGUUUCAGUUUGUAUAUAGUUUGCUUAUAAGAUUGUAACCUUGGAGAAAAGCUUUAGCCUUUAGGAUUUGGUUAGUAGUAGUGUGAUUGAAAACAUGGGUUAUAAUUGUGAUUUCUGCGGAGAUCAAAGGCCGGUAGUAUAUUGCCGGUCUGAUGCUGCCUGUUUAUGUUUAUCAUGCGAUAGAAAUGUCCAUUCUGCUAAUGCACUAUCGAAACGCCAUUCGAGAACAUUGUUAUGUGAAAGAUGCAAUUCGCAACCUGCUUUUGUUAGAUGUGUUGAGGAAAGGGUUUCCCUCUGUCAGAACUGUGAUUGGAUGGGACAUGGUACUUCUACCUCGAACUCAAGACAUAAGAGGCAAGCGAUCAAUUGUUACUCCGGUUGUCCAUCAUCCGCGGAACUUUCUUCCAUAUGGCCAUUUUUUCAACAACCUCCUUCAGCUGGUGAAUCUAGCUGUGAGCGGGAAUUAGGUCUAAUGAGCAUCAACGAGAACAUUGCGAGUACUUCAUGGGGCCCUAUGGAGAACAACAUUAGCCAAGAUAAUACUGGUAUAGCUAUAACUAAUGAUACUUGCAAUUCGGAUAAGGAAAGUAGCAUGGGCAAGUCUUCUGCACGACUUUUGGAUCAGCCAUCUGGAUCAAAAGACACAUCAUUGCCCAAGUUAUGUUGCCCUCAAACAAAGUAUCCUGGACUUUCUGAGGAUGAUCUCUACGAUGACUUCAACAUGGAUGAAGUUGAUUUGAAUCUCGAAAAGUAUGAAGAACUCUUUGGGAUGACACUCAAUCAUUCGGAAGAACUUCUUGAGAAUGGUGGAAUUGCUAGCUUAUUUGGGACAAAAGACAUGCCUGCUGCUGAUUCAGACUGUCAAGUAGCAGCAGCUGCUGAGGGCUCAUCUGUUGGACUGGUCAAUGCAAUCCAGCCAGCAUGCAGCAAUGCGGCAUCUGCCGAUUCCAUGAUGAGCAAUAAAACCGAUUCAAUCCUAUAUUUUACUGCCAGGCAGCCCCAUCCCGGAGAGAGUAGUGCAGGAGAUUACCAAGAUUGCGGGGCAUCGUCAAUGCUUCUCAUGGGAGAACCUCCUUGGUGUCCUCCAUGUACCGAGACCUCCUUCACGUCAGCAACUAGAACUGAUGCUGUCAUGCGAUACAAGGAAAAGAAGAAGACACGAAUGUUUGAGAAGCGAGUGAGAUACGCUUCUCGCAAAGCAAGGGCUGAUGUGAGGAAGCGCGUGAAAGGACGGUUUGUCAAAGCCGGUGAUGCCUAUGAUUAUGAUCCAUUGAGUCCAACCAGAAGCUUUUGAGAGUACAAAUCUUUUUAAACCUUGGUUAUUAUUACCUAAAAACCAAGGCCUGGUUUACGAUAAAACAUUGAUGGAGCCCCGACAUUAGCUGGCAAGAUCUGGCUGAACCACGUUGGCUGCCAUGUUACCUUUUGAGCAAGUUCCCCCUGCUUAAAUUCUUAUUGUACUAUGAAAAGGAGAAUGCCUAUGGAUCCUCCAAAAAGCCAUAUUUAUGCUCAAUGUUCGUUAUGUCUACACUUAUAUGCUCUUCUAUAGAAGCUGCUACUGUCAUAACAUGCUAGAAAGCUCGACUUAUGAUGUCGAUAAGUCGAGCCGCAUGCAAAAGCAUGCAGCUCUAAUUUUGUUCUUCCUUUUCUGUCCAUUGACAUACAUACACAUAUAUAUAGCAUAGUUGUCUGUAUGUGCAGUUUUAGAGGAUUUUAAUGGCUACCCUUUAAGUAAACAGUUGGCUAGUUCAGACAAGAAACAUGCAGUUGUAAUAUUCUUAUCUUAUGGUGUACGUGUAUAGCACAGGGUUAUAUUCAUAUAUAUGCAUGUGGGAUGAAAUUUAUGUGUAA